AUGGCGUUUUCUCACAUUCGCUGUCGUCUACCGCUCGCACCCACCGCGAUUUCGAAACCGCAUUUCGCACCCUCCUCUCCGUUGCGUCUCACCACGUCAUUUAACCCAUCCGUUGUUGGUAUUGUUGCAUCAAAUGAAGAGAACGGAUGCCAUGGAACGGCACUGCUUCCUGAUCCAUUGAGAGUUUCUUCGCCUCGGCACGGAGUUCAGAAACGAUUCAGUUACGGGUCCAAGAAGUUCAAUGAACAAAACGCGAAGAAGGAGGGUAAAGGGUCUACGAAGUCCUCCGAUGAGGUACCAACGGAUCGUCGCCCCUUUUCACUACACUUAAAAUCUCCUACUGAGUCGAUCACAGUGGUUCACAUACGCGAACCGAUCGCGCCGCCAAAGGAGGACAGUGUUGGAUUUACCGCAGGUUGGCGUGACGUUCUGCGAUUGGCGCGGAUGUCUCUGUUGAACGGUUGCGCUGCUGCUUCGCCAACGGAACUCACCCAACAACCCCCAAUACCGGACGACAACGCGAUUGUCUCAGUGAUUCCCUACGCAUCGCCUGCCGUCGAUGCGCUUCCCGCCACAAGUUGA